GCCGAGGACGCGCCGACGGCCGAGAUGUUCGAGGAGAAGUUCUUCGACGUGUCGCUCACGGAGGUGCCGGAGAAGAAGCGCAAGCGCAUCAUCCAGGAGCUGCGCGCCGUGACGCGCUUCAGCCUGAAGCAGGCGACGGACGCGGCCGAGCGCGUGCCGUGGACGAUCAAGAGCUCGUUGACCCGGGAGGCCGCGGACGCCGUCGUCAAGCGGCUGUCCCGCGCCGGCGCCGGCGUC